CAAAGAAAAAACAUGACGGACAAAGCAGCUCGUGGUGUUGGUGUGGGAGUCGGCGUGUUUGUUACCUCUCCUGACCAUCCUAAUUGUAUUAUACUAGGCCAGCGGAAAGGAUCACACGGAAGUGGGCUGUAUGCCCUGCCUGGUGGGCAUUUGGAGUUUAGGUAUGACGCAAAAAUAAAAAUAAAACAAACAACAAUUUACUAAAGCUUUUUUAAAAAUAUAUAUUUAUUAAGACACAUACUGGCCGGCCCCUCCAGGUCACUGGCUGCUUUUUAAAACAAAAUUUUUACCAUCUAUUGACAUUUUAUUACUUGGUGCUUUUCGGGGUUAUAUGCUUCUGAGUAUACACAUAAAUUGAAGCAUCAACCAGCCUGCGAAACACGCACCUCGUCACCAGGGAUGUUUCACCAUGAGGAAUGUCUGGACGUCAUACCCAGCAACAGAAAUUCCAUAAUGAUGACGUAUAUCAAUGUUUACAUAAUAAAUCCAGUAAAAUAAUGUAGUCUGCUAGACAGCCAUUUUUCGUGACGUCACGCAACGCUUCUCCUACACAGCUGUUUUUAGUGUCGUCACGCAACGCUCCUGGGAGGAGCGUCAUGUGACAACACUAAAAAUGGCUGUGUAGCAGACUAGUGGUCAUGGGGUUCCAAAUGUAAAUUUGUUCUAUUUUAUGUUUCUCCUGGGCAAUUAUAACCUGAGAUCAGGCUCUAUUUUCGUUUCGCUUUGAAAAGUACAUUCUGGCGAGCAAGGCGAAAUGACAAUUUUUAGCGGUAGCCAUUAGGGAGAGUGUAUGAGAACUGCUAAAAUUGGGCCUGAUCUCAGGUUAGGGCAAUAAUAUUAUGGUUAAGUUUUGUGUUCUUCUGUGAAUGAGCUCCAGCAAAAACUCAAAUGCUUCUUUUAAAGAGGGAAUAUAUAUUCCACAAAUAUUAACAGUUUUGUAGUGAAUUCGUUGGGUUUACAAUAACAACUGCUCAUGAAGGGGAAGUUGGGUGCCUGAGAUGUCCAGGAGCUCUAUGGAUGGUAAAUCCUGGCAACCUAGCCAUUAGCCCCCAUGCACAAGGGAAGAAAACAGGCACCCAUCACACUGAGAAAGUCAGUGGAAAUAGGGAAGAGAGGUAGGAGGGAAAUGCUGUAAAUUGAGUCACCAUGAUUCUGACACAACAAAGCUGAGUAAAUGCUGACUAAAAACUGCCCAAACAUGAUAAAAACACCAGAACACUAAAAAAAUUACAAGUGAGAAGAAAAAUGCUCUGGAAACUGCUAAAAACUGGCCAAACAUGCCAUAAUGCCAGAAUGCAAAAAAAUGCAUUAGAACAUGCUACAACGCACACAACCACAAGAGCACGUGGGAUACUGGGGCAAGCACAUCUCACAACACUGCUGGCCAGCAAGAUAAGACUAGCACUUCUAAUGUUGCAUUUAACUGCAUACCUUAGUCACCAUUUGUCUUUUGUCUGUCAUUUGUAAACAAUAGCUAAAACAAUAUAACAACUACGUCAACCAGUCACAGCUCGUGACCAGAUUCCAGACAGAUUUAACGUCAUCUGUAUGGAAUCUCGGGUGCUGAGGAGCAGACAUCUCUCCUGGCUAAACAUCCCUGGAGGCGUAGAGUGCGGAGAGAUGGCCUUUUCUACAAGCCAAGCUUCAACAUUCCCCCAGACAGCCCCAUUAAUGCUCAAAUAGCCCCUUCACCAAGCCAAAAAGCCAUUCAAAUGCCCCAUCCUAGGUUCAUUUUGAAAUCCAAGCUUCAAUAUUCACCCAGGCAGCCCCAAUAAAGUUCAGAUAGCCCCUUCUCUGAGCCUAAAAGCUGUUCAAAUGCCCCAUCCUAGAUCCACUAUACCCCACCCCCAGGAAAAUCCUGUGAGCCUUGUUAUAAGGUGUUAUGAGGUAAGGUGCCUGGCUUGCACGUAAUACCUCAAGUGAAGUAUUUCAAGUACUUUCAUAUGCACAUGGAUGAAAGAAGGACAUCAGAAACACCUUUGGUUGUUGAACGCAAAUAAAGCAAAAUAAAAGAAAAAAAAAAUUGGCAUUAAUAAAUUAUUAAAUCACUAAAACUGUACCUUUUCAUCUCUUGGGAAUGAGCUUAUUAUUUUGUUUUAUUUUGUUGUUAACAGCGAACAGUGGCAUGAAUGUGCCAUAAGAGAAACAUUAGAAGAAACUGGACUGAAAAUCAAGAACGUUUCCUUUGCAACUGCCGUUAAUGCAAUUGUUGUGGAGCAAGAUUACCACUAUAUCACAAUAUUUAUGAAAGGCGAGAUUGAUAUGAGCCAUGCUAGAGAACCAGAAAACCUAGAACCAGAUAAGUGUGAAGGUAAUUUAAGGUUAAGAUUUUGAUUCAUAACACGUUAACAACACUACAGAGCUUGGCUACAAGACAUUGUCACGCAUUCAUUUCAAGUUCUGCCUGAAGAGACAUAGGUUACUCUUAAAGAGAUUUUUAUGUACAACAGAGUUAGAUCAGUAAAACUGUGGCCUAAGGUUUUUUAUUGCAGGGCUGUCCUCUAGCAGAGCCCGCUGGCCCCUGGCGCCCAACUUUUGCCCUCGGGCAAGUAAAAAAUUUAGUUUUGGAUACAAAUCAAAUGCUGGGCUCCUUUGUAGAAUACAACAACAAGAAUCUAGUCUUGACUUCAAAAACCUGCAUUUGUGAAGCAGAAGUAGGUCAUUAUUUUUUACAGUUUAUUAUUUAUAGUCAAUCUAUUUAGCCUUGAUUACAAGUUUGAAGUCAAAUAAUAAUUUAUUAGAAUACAAUCUGCCCUUUGACCCUUACAUCCCAAGAGUGACAAACAUAAAUUUUCUCCUGACCAUAUCAGUACAUAAUCAAUAGAAAAGGUUAUGAGAAGCAACAUUUCCUGAAAAUUAUAUUACUAAUUUAAUAGGUUGGGAAUGGUAUGACUGGAAUUCACAGACCUUUCCAAGCCAAUUGUUUGAACCUCUCAGAGUUGCAAGAUUACAGGGAUACCAGCCUUUUGAAAGCACAGGACAUGGACACCACAAUUCUAAAUUGUUCAGUGUGUUUUAG